AUGGACACCCGAAAGUUUGGUUUUUUCGUUGUGCUAUGCAUUUUAAUAACACUAACGAAGGCGGAAGAUCCUUAUCACUUUUUUGAAUGGAAGGUCACAUAUGGCACAAUGUCGCCUUUAGGGGUCCCACAACAGGUUAUUCUGAUCAACGACAAGUUUCCUGGGCCCCCGAUUAAUUGCACAAGUAACAACAAUAUUGUCGUCAAUGUUUUUAAUAACCUUGACGAGCCGUUUCUUCUUACAUGGAACGGUGUUCAACACCGGAAAAAUUCAUGGGUAGAUGGGACACCCGGGACUAUGUGUCCAAUCCAACCAGGAACCAACUUUACAUAUAAGUUUCAGGUCAAGGAUCAAAUUGGUAGUUAUUAUUAUUUCCCAACCACAGGCAUGCAUAAGGCAGCUGGUGGUAUGGGUAUUAUCCAAGUGCACAGUCGACCGCUGAUCCCGGUCCCCUUUGAUAACCCGGCUGACGAGUUUGCGGUUUUUGUUGGAGAUUGGUUUAACAAGGGUCAUAAGGCAUUGAAGACCCUCCUUGAUGGCGGGAAGUCUAUCGGUCAUCCUGAUGGAAUCCACAUCAAUGGCAAGUCGGCUCAGGUUGGUGCACCGGCUGAACCGUCAUGGACCUUUGAGGCCGGAAAGACAUACAGGUUUAGGGUUUGUAACGUCGGGAUGAGGACCUCGGUUAAUUUCAGGUUCCAGAACCAUGACAUGAGGUUGGUCGAGGUCGAAGGAUCUCACCUUAUGCAAAACGAUUACAUGGCAAUGGACCUUCAUGUCGGCCAAUGUAUGUCAGUUUUGGUAACUGCUGAUCAACCACCGAAGGAUUAUUACUUAGUUGUGUCGAGUCGGUUCACCAAGCAGGUACAAUCCACUGUCGCCACCAUCCGCUACGCAGGAAGCAAUACCCCUCCAUCGCAAGAGCUUCCACCACCUCCGCCAGAGAAGACUGCCGGAGUUGCAUGGUCAAUGAACCAGUUUAGAUCAUUCAGAUGGAACUUGACUGCGAGUGCAGCCCGUCCCAACCCACAAGGGUCUUACCACUAUGGUCAGAUUAACAUCACCCGCACCAUCAAGCUGGCCAAUAGUCGGAACUACAUCGAUGGCAAGCUAAGGUUCGCCCUCAACGGUGUCUCCCACGUUGACCCCAAGACUCCUCUGAAACUCUUGGAGUACUUUGGUGUCGCUGACAAAGAAUUCAAAUAUGACAUCAUCGGCGACGAACCACCACCGGAUAUCGAAAAGAACGUUAAGAUCGCCCCAAUCGUCUUGAAUGCAACAUACCGUAACUUCGUGGAGAUCAUAUUUGAGAACCAUGAGAACACCAUGCAAACUUACCAUUUUGACGGGUACUCAUUCUUCGCAGUGGCAACAGAGGCGGGGAAAUGGAGCCCAGAGAAGAGGAAGAACUACAACCUUGAAGACGCAAUCAGCCGACACAAUGUGGCGGUGUUCCCAGGGUGUUGGGCAGCAAUAAUGCUCACCCUCGAUAACUGCGGUAUGUGGAGCUUGAGAUCAGAGAUGUGGGAGCGAUUUUACUUGGGACAACAGUUGUACGUCAGCGUACUCUCGCCAGAGCGUUCCAACAGAGAUGAGUACAGUCUGCAGAAUACCACACAACUUUGCGGUAUCGUGACAAAUUUGCCCAAACCACCAGACUACGUUUAGAUUCGACUUUUUCUGUAAGUAAUUAAUUAAGUUUUCGUCCAUUUUUGUGUGGCAUUGUUGAAUACAGUUGUAAAUUUGUAAUCAUCCCUCCAUUCCAUCACAAAUCAAAUACUUUUUUUUCUUUUUUGUUGAUAAAGAUG